AUGGAGCUCAAGUCCUCGGCCUCAACAAGAAGAAACUCAUUCCAUGGAGUAGGAGCUGCAGCAGCAGCAACCGGAGGAGGAGGAAGGCGAGGAGGUGGAAGCAGCGUGUUUGAGCCCACGUUCAGUGACCCGCCCUGCUGCCUGAACAAGAAGGAGACCACCGAGUUCGUCAGGUCCUCCUUCCCCAUGGCCACCCUUGCCAGGAGCAGCAGCAGCAGCAGCAACGGCCACGGGCGCCACCACGAGGCCUCCACCACCUCCUCCACCUCCUCUUCCUCGGCGACCUCAGCUCAGAAGCGGAGAGGCGAGUCGCAGCAGCAGCAGGCCGUGGCCGUCCCGGCGACACCGGGGCGGCCGCUGCAGUUCUUCACGAGCCCCGCGCACCACCACCACCACCAGCUCGUCGCCCCGAGGAGGCAGUGGAGCAGCGGGCUCGGACACCGAGGUGGCGCCGGAGGCGAGGACGAGAAGAGGGCGGCCAUGACGGUGAGGAGGUCCGUGGAUGCGCUCCGGGACGCCCACUCGCUCGCGCUGUAUACGCCGCCGGCAGAAGUGCUCCUCAAAGACAAGUUCACCGACAACGAGGAGCCGUCCAAGGAGAGCUUCGUGUUCCGGAGCUCGUACUGCGAGCCGGUGCCGGCGAAGGGCUCGGCGGUAGUGGGCGCCGACGACCAUGACCACCAGCGGAGGGACGUCGGCACGGAGAUGACGCCGCUGGGCAGCUCGUGCCACACGCCGCUCAAGAGCACGUCCCCGGUGCGGCACAACACGCCGGCGAGCCGGUCGGGCCCGCUGGUGCCGUACACCGGCGGCGGCGGCGGCGGCGGGAUGGACAUCUCGGAGCUGGCGGACUGCCACCUCGCCAAGCUGGACCUGGGCGCGCGGUUCGACGCCAUGCUGGUGAACUGGAGCUCCAAGGAGGAGGAGGAAGAGGAGGUGUCCAAGAGCCUCAGGCACUUCGAGGCCACCGUCGGCGCCGGAGCCGGCGGCGGGCCACCUUGCGAUAAACGCGGCGGCGGCGACUGCCGUUGGGAUGACGAUGACAGGGCCAAGAGCUGCAUCAGGUAUCAGAGGGAAGAGGCAAAGAUCCAGGCUUGGAUUAACCUGGAGAGCGCCAAGGCUGAAGCACAAUCAAGAAAGCUGGAGGUGAAGAUUCAGAAGAUGCGGUCGAACCUGGAGGAGAAGCUGAUGCGGCGGAUGACGACGGUGCACCGGCGCGCCGAGGAGUGGCGCGCGACGGCGCAGGCGCAGCACCUCCAGCAGCUGCGGCGCGCGGCCGCCGACAACACCCGCCGGCUCAGGGCCACGAGCCACCACCGCCACCUGCCGGGGAGCGACGCGCCCUCCUGCGCCUGCUUCCCCUGCAGCAACAACAUUAACAACGUCAUCAGCGGCAACCUCCUCAACUAUUACUAG